AUGGCCUCAAGUUCAAGCCUUGAUCAGAAUGAGCAUGAGCAUGCGCAACAUCCAUCUGCCAGUGGCACCGAUAUUAACGAAGUACUGCAAGAUCCAUUUGUCACUGACAUCAUUAACAUAUUCAGCAGCAAUAACGAGUUUGAAAUUCCUCCAGUUUGUGUCUUCUCUGUGCCCAAGUUUUUAAGCAACUCCAAGCCAGAAGCUUACUACCCUAAGGUUAUAGGCUUAGGACCCCUCUAUCAUUCCAAGUCACCACUGGAGAUGCACAAGGUUGGGGUAGCGAGGAACAUUCAUAAUGAAUUCAGACACAUUAAGUUCCAAGAACUCAUUCAGGGACUCGUGAAGCUUGGGCCAUACAUCCGCGCUUGUUACCAGAUGUACUUGACUGAUGGGGACGAGAAGAUAGCAUGCGCAAUGGCGAUAGACGGUUUGUUUUUGUUUGCGUUGCUUUGUCACCAUAACAGAGAUAAAGUUGCUCUAACCUCUUCGGAUACUUUGCUUCGCUUAUUAGCCCAUACAGAUAUGAGCAGAUUCCAAUGGGAUAUUGAGAUCCUAGCUGUGGAUACGACGAUGCUUCAAAACCAAAUUCCGAUUUUUCUACUGAAACAUAUCUUACUCAUGGAAUGCUCGGAGUCACUAAUCGUUGAGAAAAAUCUUCCUCAACUAUUGUUGGGUUAUUGUGAAGCACUCUCUCCAUUCAAUGUGCUGGAGAACUACCCGGAUUCCAUGGCUUUAAAGCGCACGCAUAUGUUGGAUCUUCUGUACCACUUGAUCACGCUCACUGAGCAACAACUGGAAAUAUUAAUUGAGGAAGAAAGAACAGGUCGAAAUAUAGUUGCAGCAUAUUUUUCAGAACUGGGGCCAACCGAAGUCUUGGAUUUUCUCUCGGGUCUACCUCUGCCAAAAGAACUAAAAAUAUCAAUUGAGUUGGUAAAAGGUUUAGUUGGUCUACCGUGGUCUUUGUUACUUUAUCUAUGCUUUAUUGGAAACAAACCUGGGGUUGGAGAGGAAAAUUUGAUGCCUACAGCAUCAAAGCUGUCUGAUGUUGGAGUGAAAUUCUCCCCGGAUCACAUCAAUCGCAUUCGGUUUAAGCGUGAAACAGCCUCGAUUUUGCUCCCGGUCAUUAAAGUGAAUGUAUACUCGGUGUUAAUUAUUAGAAACUUAAUGGAAUACGAAGUCAUGUACAAGCCUGAUGUCUCCCUGUAUUCGGUUUUUAGAAAGUAG